GUGACUCUUUCGACGCUUUUCAUACCUGUGUGGUGACACACUUAUUACGGGGUCAACAGGAAGUAAGACUAAUUUGAAACGGGCAAUGACUGUUGGGAACAAUAAAAACUAUUUCGUAGGUGUAGGAUAGGUAAGAAAAUCCAACGGCAGACUUCUAAAGAAAGAAAGUGCAUUUUACCUGCACGAUACCUGGAUUACAGGUGUGAAAAUUGAAAUGUGACCAUGACAAGGUAAUAAACAGUAAAAAUGGCGACUGUUUACAAUUUGAAAUGGAGCCUUACCGUUGGAAUAAUUUUUUUGACAAUUUCUCUGGCCUUAGGCCAGGCCCCAAUCACACCCCCACCGGUGGGACCAAAGCCAGUCGUUGCGAAUGGAAUCGUUUACAAUUUAGUUUAUCUACAUAUGGCACCAGAAAUAUGCAAGGAUCCCUAUGUUCUAGAGAAAGUGAAUUUUCAGUUUGGAGUUGUCAUCAAGGAAGGCGAGAAAAAAGCUAUUUUGAAAGCUGGUAGUCCCCACAAGAUGGGAGGGAAUAUUGAGCUGGAGCCAAAGAGCUGUCUGUGGAUAGAGCCUGGGACUGUAUUCCAUUUCGGCCCCGGAUACGGCAUGAUCAUCAACGGAACACUAAUAGCAAGAGGCAGUGAUGAGGACGGUGGUAGGAUUGUGAUGACGAGAGAUCCAGACAAGAUCGAUGCCUCCGAGUCGGCGUUUCCUGACGAUGCCAGAUUGGUGGAUGGAAACACAACAAGGGACGGACAACUACAGCUAUCUUAUCGCGGGCGAUGGAGGGGAAUCUGUACAAACUAUGUAAAUUAUACCAAAAUUGAUGCCAAUGUAACUUGCCGUCAUCUGGGAUUCUUGUGGGGAAAUUUUACAUAUCACUCCUUUUCUCGGAACAAGACGGACUACAUGCUGUUUGAGCGACCAAACUGUAUCGGUACAGAGAACAGUCUGUUUGAUUGUCCUGGCAAAUCUAAUAUCCGAGUCGGUGCCAAUAUCUGUGAUGGGCAGCAGGUGAUUGGCUUUGAGUGUGAUGGACUCCGCCCAGAUUUGGCCAAGACUCACUGGAGGGGACUGGAGUUUUACAAUGCCACCGUCCAAUUUGUCCGGGACCAGAACAUAAACCGGACAGAGACCUACUCCUGGUUGGAGUACCUAGAUGUCUGGUAUGCGGGACGUGACACUUAUCAUUUGGACGGAAUGCUGAAGGGUCGAGCUUCAAUAUCUGCUAGUCCCCACGUUCCUCUGAUGAAUAACGUGUCUAUCAUGUACGGAGCAUAUGAUGGGCUAAACUUAACGGAGUUGAGGGGACGUGUCCACAUCGCUAAUAGUACAGUGUCAUUCAAUCGAGGUUAUGGUGCGUUCAUCCAGACAGCUGUGGGCCAGGUGUUAAUUAACAUGACCAACAUGGACAAUAACUGGGGAGAUGGAGUCAAGAUGUACCUGACUAAUUACACUAUCCAUUCCUUCCAGAAAGACUACCCCACAGACCGCUCAUUCUGCAGAAGUAACGCCCUCGCCUUCCCACGAUUCCCCAUCACGGAGUACGAGAACAUUAUCAAUGAAAGGGGAGAUAAACCAGCAUUUGAUGGACAAGACUGUAAAAAGAGUUAUACGACAGUAGACAAGAGGAGACUGUCCCUCCACUUCUUUCUUAUGGAGCGCGAUGAGAAGGCAGAGGGAACAAUAACGGUCUAUGAUGGAAUCUCCACCAGUGAUCGAGUCCUUGGGGUGUUUCCCGUUUCUAAUGGAUCAUUCCCGCAAUCUGUGACAACCUCAGGAAAAAGCAUCACAAUUCGGUUCCAGUAUAAGCUUCCUCCAAAGCCAGCUAACCCUGGGGAACACCGCUGUAAGAAGUUUCGAGCCUGCCUGAGAUUCUUAAUGGAUCUAGUUUCUUAUGAUGGAUUGGAUGAGGAGCUGCGGUUCUUUAAUUCAUCAGCCAGUAACAACACAGGAUACGGAGUGAAUGUCCAGGACAUGCGAUGCAAGGUCUCGGUUAAUUCUUCCAUUAUAUCUGACAAUAACUACGGAGCAGGUCUGCGGAUUUACCAGGGGGCAGGAGAAAUCUCCGUCAACAACUCGAGGAUUGAAGGAAAUCAGAGAAGCGGAGUAAAUAUAACAUAUGCGGGAGGCUAUCAGCUCCUUAACAACUCUUACUUCUGUGAAAACCAUGGUUACGGUGUGAUAACCGAGUACGACAGACUUAACAACACACGCAUACAGCACUCACAGAAAAUGGAGGUGGUCAAGGCCAAAUUCUUCUUCAAUGAGUGGAUUGCCUUCAGAGUUGGCAACUAUUGUAUGGAGGGGAGCAUUCUGGUGAAUGAGAGUCAUUUCAAAUAUAACUAUGAUGAAGCUAUCGAGUAUCUUUCAUGUAAUUUUACAAAGAGUCCACAGAAAAAUGUGAAUUUUAGUUUAGCAUACAAUGAGUUCGAUGGAAACAAGAGACAUGGAGUUCUUAUGUCUCCGGUGAUAAACACAAUUGGGAUUAUGACAAAUAACACCUUUGUAAACCACAGUUUGGGAGCAGUACGCAUUGACAAUGGGUAUGAUUUGCUAGUAAGCAAGUGGUAUGCAAAAUUUGCUGUAAAUUAUCGUAUUUAUGAAAACACUUUUAAGGAGAAUUAUGGGAGAUACUGUGUAAGUCUCCGAUUGACCCAGAAUGCACCCAAUCAGCACAUGGAAUUCAAGUUUAACAAAGUGAUAGGAAAUGCUAUCAAUGAUACAUCUCAAUAUCUCAAUCCCAGAAGUCACGCAAAUGCUCCAAUUAUUGUGUCCUCCAGUAAUAUUGUAGUACAAAGAAACCACAUCUUUAACCCAGACUCUGUGCGAGACAUUGCGACACAUCUCAUUGACCCUUCAGUAAUCAUCAACGGCAGCAUAAACUGGUGGGAGACCACUAAUCAUGGAAUUAUUUAUGACCGAAUCUUUGAUCUUGAUGAUCGAUAUAAUCUGGCACAGAUCAAAUAUUACCCGGUACUCAAGGAUGGUUGGUUGUAUGGAGACAAAACCACCAUCACAGAAACUGAAUACAGGUGGCCUUUCAGGAGGGAAAAUAAAAUUGGGGGGAUUCUGGAUGUAGAUGGAUUCACCACAGACCCUACCACCAAGCUCUAUUAUGUGGACAGGGAUAUAUUCAUACUUCCUAACGCAGUCCUCAAAAUUUUACCUGGCACAACACUGCUGUUUGAAAACUCUAUCGGCAUGGUGAUUCAUGGCACAUUACAAGCAGACGGAGGAAGCUCUAUGUCACCUAUUGUGUUUACGCUGAAUGAACCGGCCAAUCAGACAGAGAUCAGUAACAGGACGGAUGCCAUUAGGCUGGCAGAUGGACGAGAUGAGUUUGAAGGUCGUGUAGAGGUCAACAUUAAUGGACGCUGGGGAGCAGUCUGUAAACAUGGGUGGAUCAAAGAGAAUGCCAUGGUGGUAUGUCAGCAGCUUGGUUUGACCUAUCACCCUGACUACGGCCUUGUUUACCAGAAGGUCAGGUCUUCCUCUGUCAUCGAGCUGAGCUCCGUCACCUGUACAAACCUAGACACUGACCUCCGUGAGUGUCAGUCCAUUAAACGCGGAGAUUUCGACUGCCAGUUUGAGAAUGUUGUGUACAUCAGGUGCCAGAAACCCACUUGGUCAGGCAUCACAAUUCCUGCUAUUCCUACAUUUGGUCAGUUAAGAGAGACCCAGAUAAAACAUGUCAUCAUCCAAAAGGCCGGACAGUUAGAUUACCAGGCCAUGACCUUCACCCCUGCCCUCCGCAUUGACUACAAUUUCUACAAAAUCACUGCACUGCAGAUCACUGACUCUGUGUCCGAUGGUGUUAACAUUAAAUAUGCCAACCCAUUCACAGAAAAUCUUUUCGAGAAAUGUCAUUUUGUCAGGAAUGUUGGUCAUGGUUUACUUACUAGAAGUCCAUUCCUGAGGAUCACAGAGUCCACUAUGAAUUAUAAUCAGAAAGGAGGAUUUGUAUAUGACCCAUUCUUUACUGAGUAUGAGGGACUGAGUGUGAGAAAUUUCCUUCAUCAGAGUCGGAUGGAGUAUUUCGGAACUAAAAACUAUCAGCUGGGAGUCAACUCAAUGGUGUUUAUUAUAUCCCAGCCAGGCACACAGAGUGAGAACCAUACCUACACCAUGGAACUGUCGGUCGUUAGAUCAGAUUACAGAAUCACGCUCCAAGUUCUGGACUAUAAUCCAUUGACCAGCGUGGAGAAGGUAACCAUUUACAACUCACCCAGGAGUGGAAUCUCAGCCACCACAAUAAAAUGGCAGAUAGAAGAGGACCUAGUUGACUUCCCAAUAACAUCACAGGGAAAAAACUAUCUCACAAUCCAGCUGGUGGUCAGGGGGGUGAGGUCAGGGAGGCUGGCCUUCGCUGCUCACGCCAGGCAGUUUUCCCCUGAUCCUAUAAAGUCUGUUAUUGAAGUAAGCCAUGCUGAGGUUACCAAUAAUUAUCAAGGAAUCGUGACCAAACACUAUAACAAUCCAUCCAAUGAAAAACUGGAGAUUUUCCACCGUGUGGCAGAGGAAGAAAUCCGCUUUACAAAAGUAGAUAUCAAAGACAAUCAAAUGGAGGCCAUGUACAUUCCCAGUCUCACAAAAUACCACGAGCACUUGAUACCUACGCAAGAAGAAAUGACUCGACCGGAGAGGCUAGGACAGAUAACAUAUAGCUUACAUCAGUGUACAAUACAGAACAAUGGGAGGGCUGUCAUAGCUGAUCACAACCACGUCGACUUCUCAAAUAACGUCUGGAAGUGGAACGUUUACACAACCAUCAUCAAGGAUAAUAGAUAUGGAGGUCUGGAGAUCGAGCUUCCGAGGGUGAACGAUAUCAGGGAGAAAAAUAAAUUUCACUCCGUUCAUGUUAAUCAGACAGUUUUUGAGAACAAUAAGAACUUUGCCUUCACUAUUAAUGGUUACUAUGCAGAUGUAGAGAUCAGCAAUGGAAGGUUUGUACAGAAUACGUGUCGUCGAGGCCUGAUUCUGCUGUCAGGGAUGGAAAAAGACUUAGUCAUCUACAACAAUGAGAUUUCAAACAAUUUGGGGAAAUAUGCCAUUGAGGUUGACAUGCAGAGUCAUGCAGAGUACAGUAAACCAAAGGGAUUCUGUCAUUUUAACAAUAUCAAAAGCAACAGGCCUGGGCCAGGCUGGACAAUGAAUACUGACUACACACCAUCUUCAUUUGCAGUGGCGGUGCGAGGUGUCCAGAACAUUACCCUGAGAAGAAAUCUCAUUUACAAUCCUGACUACCAGUAUGAACUCAUAGCAGGGGUGACUUCUCUUUCCCUCGAAAACAAGAUGGAUGUUGAAGAGAACUGGUGGGGAACGGCAAUCCAGGCAAAAAUUGUGGAGAGAAUUUUUGAUUUUGACGAUUGGAAUAACUAUGCCAUUGCAGAUUAUUUUCCACAGCUCACUGCUGACAAUGUGAACAGUUUACCAUCAACUGGGACACAGAUAGAAAAUGGCUUCAAUUUCCCUUCAGUGAAGGGAAGAAUAACUGGAAACAAGGCCUUGACUGGUUCUUCUAAAUUCUAUGUCAUAGCAGAUGUCACGGUCAUGCCAAACGCCAAGCUGACUAUUGAGCCAGGUACCACUCUGGAGUUUUAUCCUAAUGUUGGGAUACUAGUGCUGGGCCAACUUAUUGCUCAAGGUCUUCCCUAUGGCAGGAUAUCUUUUCGUCCAGUCAUCCCAGGACCAAACAUUCCGAUUCCUCUCCCCGAGGUUAACACUCAGACAUUUUACUCCAACAGCAUGAGAUUGAAGAGAGACGCUGAAGGAGAAAUACCAGAAAAUGAAGGAUUCUUGGAGUUGUUUAAUUCUUCAUCAAAUUCCUGGAGUUUGAUGUGUGACAAUCAAUUCAAUAGGAAAACGGCAGAGGUGGUGUGUCGUGGGCUGGGGAUGGAGACUCUGAAUGUGGAUGUCCGCUUCACACAUCUUUAUGACCAUUUCAUCUACAAAAAACCUAUGUACUUUGUCAAAGAGUUCUGGACUUAUUCUUACUACUGUGUGGGAGAUGAGUACUCAUUAGAGGAAUGUCAGAAAAGAAUAAAUUACAAAAUACAGGACUGUAUACAAGGGGCUAAUUACACUUACAUCAGAUGUGGAAAGAGAAACCUAGAUUCCAAGCUCUCGUACUGGGGAAACAUUCGAAUCGCUUCUCCAACUUAUGAGGAGGAUACAACUCUAUACAUCCAAGAUAAUAAGCGAUCUGUUCUGGAGAACAUUGACAUUUAUGGAGCAGGCAUGCUACAUGGUGAGAGAGUAGGAGCUAUCCAGGCGACAUACAGGUCACCAAAGGUCAACAACAUUAACAUUACCAAUAGUCUAUGGAAUGGAAUGGACAUCAUAGCUCCACGGUACCAAAUGAACAUCAAAACCAUGAAUAUUGAUCACAAUCUGGGGUAUGGCAUUAACUUUCUCAUUCUGAAUGGAGAAUCUCGAAAUGCAGAGCUUUCCUCUUUCAAUCCAUUGACGGUGAAUACCGUGCCGUACUUCAUGUCGGGGCUUGUAGACAUCUGUAAAAUGGAAAAGGAAUUAACUGUGAAAAAUCGUCUGAUUAUCUACUAUAAAUACUCUGAACUGUCGGUCGAUUGCGUAAAAAUCAUCCGCAGUGAGAAUCCCCUGCGUAAAGUGUCCCUCCGACUUCUUCAGUUCAAUCUGUAUUACGACGAAUUUUACCGUAAUUUAUUGGAGAUUUUUGAUGGUAACACUGUAUCGGAGGAGAGCAGGAUCGGGGUUCUGGAUGCUCACAGUAAGAUGGAGGCUACUGGUAGACGCUACCUCAGUAAAUCCGACACCAUUGGCGUCCACAUUCAUGCCUCCAAUGCUUACGAAGAUUAUGGAUUUAUUGCAGAGAUAACGACGUCUCCGCUCUCAGACUUGGCUUAUCCAGACAGCACAGUGAUCCAUCGCUUUGAGCAGAUGAUGGUGACAAACAACGAGGAUGGCGCCAUCCUGUACCAGAACGUGGGGGAAGUCUGUCCCUCCCUCUACAUAGACAGCUGUAUGAUCGAGAACAAUGGACUUGGGAUCCUCAAUCUCACAUCUCAGCCGGUCAUUAACAUUGGAAUUCAGAACACCAAGAUCUUCAACUUCCAGCACAACUUUGUCAACCGCAACAAAGGGGGGCUAUUCUGUCGGGCAUUCACAACAUCAACCCAGAAUCUCCUCCGCGGGAACAUCACAAACAAUGUCUUCUCCUUUGGUAGUCAUGGAGAAACUCUUAAUAUCAGCGGCCAUCACUUCCAGAAGAUGCACAUUUACGAGAAUUACAUUUACAACAACACAGCUGGCGAUUAUCGAGAUACCGUCCAUGUUCAGACAGUGGGAAUGAACUUUACGUUUAACGUCCUUGUGAACAAUACGGGGCACCACAUCAUAAGGACCUUCAGUGAGGUGGAUACUAGUGCCACUCAACAGUACAUUGGAAACUGGGUCUACGAGAAUAAUGCCACCGCUCUGUUCCGUGCGGUGCUUGCUGUGGGCAGUGGGAAUCCACAGUUUCAGAAUAACUACCUUGUUAAUGAUGAGAGUGCAUUUGAACUUCUGGCAAAUGAUAAACGAGAAGUUAUCCAAGGGAUCCAGAUAACUGAUACUCCGGUGGAUGCCACUAACAAUUGGUGGGGGUCAGAACGCCCGGGGUAUAUAAACGGAAAAAUCUGGGAUGGACGAGACAAUGACUCUCUGGUGGAAGUCAUCUACCAGCCAUACAGAGUUAGUAAUGUGUCACUUAUCAGUGGUAAAUGUCCCCCUGGAUGGACCCUAAAUGCUGACCGUUGCUAUAGAUACAUGGGGGCUGCUCUUCCCUAUGCACAAGCAGGCCAAUUCUGCAGGGAUAAUCAGGGAUUUUUGGCCGAGGCAGAUAAGCAGGCCCCGUUCCUUCGUUAUUUAUUACGACUGACGGAGAACGUCUAUAGUAAGGACCUGAGGGUGUGGGUAUACUCGGAGGUUGCCGCCGGUUACUGCAGCGCGUUUCAGGAUGACUACAUCGUGGCAGAACAAGACUGUCAGAGGAUCCUGCAUCCAUUUAUUUGUGAGAAAGAUCCAUACAUUAACCCUCCAGGGAGUGACAUCCUUGCCAUCGCUAUCGGAGUGUCAGCCGGAGUGUUUGGGACAGCCCUCAUUAUCAUCAUUAUUCUAGCGAUUCUGUGGAAAGUCAAAUCCAAGGGAAGAAAGGAGCAAAGAUUUGAAAGGCAAGCAUCCAUUCGCUCCUCUCUUAGGUCUUCAGUAAGAUCCCGAUCCACUGUGACAAUGUUGUCCACGGCAACUGGAAAACGACGAUUUGAUGACAAGUAUUCUGUAACUUCAUCUAAAGGACAUUUGAUAGAUGAUGAAGUAUCAUUAUCUAACAUUAGUCUUGAUUCUAGAAGCCGUGAUAGGGGCCCCAAUAGAUCUCUUGAGCGGUUGGAUGUACCUAAUGGUCGUCUUGGUUCUCGAGAUCGUUUAGACAAUGUCAAUUCUUCCAAUGGAAGCCUUGGUAUGAUUUUAUCAAAUGGGCACACCAGACUCAUGAAUGGUAAAGGAAGUUUUGAUCGACUGAAGGAGGAUUCUCCUAAAAAUUCACCACGAUCUCAGAGACCAACCAGGUUUACACUGGGAAGGAAUACAGGAGGCAGCAAUAACAGCCUGGACCGACCCCCAGAGGUGAAACCUGUACAACCUCCACAGCCCCCCGUGAUGAGGCCCAUCCUGCCUCCACAGGCACCAGUGGUGAAACGACCCCCCGUAAAACCACCAGCACCACCAGACAUUCCUGUGGACACAGAUGGGGGUUACACUGAUGAUGGAUUCUCGGAGCACGAGUUUGACGAUUUCACUACCACUGCUGAUGAAGCAGAGUACUCUCCAAACAUGGCUAACAGAGUAGAGAAUCAGAUAGAAUCACUGAGGAAGCUACCAAAUAUUUCAGAGAAGCCAAAUUAUGGAAGUGAAAGAAGUGUUAACAUGGAUGAAAGGAACAAGUCUAAUUAUUACAACCCAGACACCCCACCUACACCCCCACCCCCUCUACCAGUGGAUUCUUACCCUGUAAAAACCAUGAGAAAUUCUCCUAUCUUGUCUGAGGCUUCAUCAAGGAGACCAACACCUCAACCACGAAAUAAACCAGUGGCUCCCCCUCGCUCUAACUUUGGGAGUAGCAAGGAGAGCCUAAACAGAAGUUUGAACCCCUUACAUCUCAGUCAGGGGGAUCUCCAUCUCAUUGAUAGGAAACCUGAAUGGCUGACUGAUCAAGUGAGGGAGACCAGUGCUAGUGAAAGUGACAGUGACCCAGAGAGUGUGAAUGAUUCGUUUCCUGAUGCAGGAUACAAAAAUAAAGCUUUUCUGGAUAAUGAGAAUCUCCCUCAAACUGUGAGAGCCCCUGGGUACACCCCGCCCCAGGAUAAAUCUGAUGGGACAAAUUAUUCUUCUCCGUGGAGAGAUAAUAGGUAUCCGUACACCAAUCAGAGCAGCUCCAACCUCUCACGUAACUCACGCGAAAUGGACAACAUGGAUUAUCUCAGGGGGCCGUAUACAAAUCCCGGGUUUGAUGACAGCCAUGACAAUAUUCCCUCCUAUAAUGAGGCCCUGAGAUCCCCCAUCAGUGCCCCCUACAGCCCAGACUACACUGCAAUGAGCCUCCCUCCCCCAUACUCCCCCACUUCCACCCAGCCAUUCUCACCAGUGGCAGAAAAUGUCCGUUUCACCCCAGAUAGUGCAAAUAACAUUCACCCUGUUUACAGAAUUGGGAGUGUAAAUAGUAUUCCUAUUUCAGGGAGUGAUGGGCUGCCCCGGGAUAUGGCCUUCAUGGACUACCGCAUGGGAAGUCAGAGUACGCUUCCAAACCCAGACGGGAGCAUGCCGGAUCUGUCCACAGGUGAAAGCCAUGCUGACCCAGAGGAGGCAGAAAUUGAUGACAUGAAUGACACUCUGUAUCAGGGGGACAUGGACCCAUUCCCCCAAAGUCCCCAAAGAGUCCCCCAAGGGGCCCCCUACCAGCAACCUCCACCCUACAGAACCAGCAGUCAUGACCAGCUCAAUCAGCAGCCCCCGCCCCACAGAACCAGCAGUCGUGACCAGCUAAAUCAACAGCCCCCACCCCACAGAACCAGCAGUCGUGACCAGCUUAAUCAACAGCCCCCACCCCACAGAACCAGCAGUCGUGACCAGCUUAAUCAACAGCCCCCGCCCCACAGAACCAGCAGUCGUGACCAGCUCAAUCAAGGAAGCAGAUAUUCUCCAUUAACUCAGAGUAGGGAGCAGUUGAACCAGAAUCGUGAUAAACCGGUGCUUUAUUUAGAUAACCAGAGACGUAAUCAGAGGCGACCGGAACCAAUAGAAACCGAGAUCUGAAUUUAUUCAUGUACUUAAUCCAUAGGCCAAAGUUUUACCUGUUAAUGAGAAAUAAUCCAUUAUCAAAUACUCUCAAAUCAUUUAUUGAUUAUAAACAAAUUGAUAGUUAAUAAUGAUUAUCAAUUAUAAACAUUUGAAUUGAUGGUUGAUAAUGUUUUUAUCUAAUUAUACCCCCGCUCCGAAGGAGAGGGGGGUAUACUGUUUUACCCUUGUGUGUCUGUCUGUCCGUCUGUCUGUCCGUAACAAACUUUGGUCGCAG